AUGGGAACCGGAAAGAAAGAGGCGAAUCGAAAGGUUCGCCAAGGCAAGACCGGCGAUGGCAUGGGCAAUGUCAAGGUCAAGGGCGAAAAUUUCUACCGUUCUGCCAAGAGGGUGAGGCAAUUGAACGUGUUGAAGGAUGGCAAGGCCCAGCGCAACGCCGACGGCGAGAUCACGAAGGCCGCCUCGUUCCAGAGCCGUGAAGUUCCUAAUGCGCGGAUCGAGCCCAACCGCAAAUGGUUCAACAACACUCGUGUCAUUUCGCAGGAGAGCUUGACGGCGUUCCGCAGUGCUAUGGCUGAGAAGGCCGCGGACCCCUACAAGGUCUUGCUCAAAAGCAACAAGCUUCCCAUGUCGUUGAUCAAUGAUGGCUCUGAACUCAACGGCCUCAAGAAGCACCAAGCGAAGAUGACGAUUGAAACCUCUUCCUUUGGUGACACUUUUGGACCCAAGGCGCAGAGGAAGCGUGUCAAGAUUGGCGCUGGCACCAUUUCGGACUUGAUGGACGAUGCCGACAAGAGUUUGGACACUUACAACGACCGCCUUGAGCAGGCCAAGUUGCUGAGUGGCAAUUCGGGAGCGGACCAGAACGGUGAGGACGAGAGCCAUGUUACUAUGUCGAUCGAGCCCAUCUUCAACAAGGGUCAGAGCAAACGUAUCUGGAACGAGCUUUACCGUGUGUUGGACUCUUCAGACGUUGUUAUCCACGUUUUGGAUGCUCGCGACCCUCUUGGCACUCGUUGCAAGAGUGUCGAGAAGUAUCUGCAGGAGGAGGCGCCUCACAAGCAUCUCAUCUUCGUCUUGAACAAGACGGAUUUGGUGCCCACCACUGUUGCUGCUCGUUGGGUGCGAUACUUCUCUAAGUUCAGACCUACGCUUGCGAUGCACUCGAGCUUGACCAACCCCUUUGGAAAGGGCAGUUUGAUUGAGCUGCUCAGGCAGUAUGCCAAGCUGCAUAGCGAGCGUAAACAGAUCUCCGUUGGCCUCAUUGGCUACCCCAACGUGGGCAAGAGCAGCAUCGUCAACACUCUUAGGAAAAAGAAGGUUGCCACUGUUGCGCCUAUUCCUGGCGAGACAAAGGUGUGGCAGUACAUCACGCUCACCAAGAAGAUCUACCUCAUUGAUUGUCCCGGUAUCGUGCCUCCUUCCCAGACCGAUACACCUCAGGAUCUGCUGCUCAGAGGUGUUGUUCGUGUUGAGAACGUGGAGAACCCUGAACAGUACAUUCCUGGUGUCCUUGCCAAGGUCAAGACCCACCAUAUGGAGAGAACCUAUGAGCUCAAGGGCUGGAAGGACCAUAUGGAGUUCUUGGAGAUGAUCGCUCGAAAGAGCGGUCGUCUUCUUCGCAAGGGAGAGCCUGAUGUGGACGGUGUUGCAAAAAUGGUUCUUAAUGACUUCAUGCGCGGAAAGAUCCCCUGGUUUACUCCUGCGCCUGUAGAGGAAAAUGGCGAAGCAGGUGAGGGUAUUGAGGGUCGUGGUGGCAGGCUCGGAGAGAUGCCCCAGAAGCGGAAGCGGGACGACGCUGAGAGCAUGCCCGACACGUCUAUGGGUCCGUCUACCGUUGCUGAUGACGAUGACGAAGAAGAAGAUGAAGAUGAAGAAGCUGAAGGCGAUUUCGAGGGUUUCGGAUCUGAUGAUGAGAAGGUCGAGGGCGACAAGUCCUUGGCUGAAGCGUCUGAAGAUGCUAGUGAUGCCUCGGACGACAUGAUUCCACUGGACGAGCUGUCUGAUGACGAUUCUGCCAGUGACGGUGAGGGCGGUGACGGCGCAGCCUCAGAGACGAGCUACAACACCUCGGUCCGGGCUAUCUCAGACCGCAGUACCAGGAGCACCCGGAGUACCCGGAGUGCCACUGCUAACAAGAGGAGAAAGGCGUGA